AUGUCUGCACCGGGACGAGAAGGGGCCCUCAGCCGACAGCGCAAGCGAACUAAGCGGCUGCUGGGCCGACAUCAAAGCAGCCAGCCGAAUCCGGGUGCUGCUACUACUGCCGCAAGCGAAAACGAAACUCGGACCGGUCCCGGCUGCUUGCUCCAGUCCGCUGGCUUGUCUCGCUCCGGUCUGCUCAGACCGACGAGAGACGAGCCGGCGCCCGAAGGCCGCAGAGCCAACCUCUCCAAGAUGGAGAACACAGUCGGCCGUCCUGAGAGGAGAGCUUCCAGAACCGGCCAUCGUCGAGAGCUAAGAACAGGGGAAUACCGUCAGCUCUUCUCUGAGAGGCCAUUCUAUGUACCAGAUCGCCUGACUGUCCUCACCCACUCCUCCGAUACUGGCCACCACUCUCAAACCCUUACCCAGGCUCACUCAGUUCUUCCCGCCUAUCAAACUCUGCGCUUCAUGCCCUUCACACAUCCUCGCCGAAAGUGGCGGAACGCCCGCGACCGGGGCCGCGCCAGGCGGGCGUCACUCAUCCAGCAGACUCGCAGAACUCGCCUAGAUUCUUACCACCGCUCAGCAAGACAUCAGCCGCCCUCCAAUUCGGGCUGGUCGUCUGACUCGAGAAGGAGUAGUGAUGAAAGCUUCAACUGUGUUGGAGACAAAUCGUUGGAUUGCUUCCAGCUGAAACCUGCCCCUAAACGAGACCCCAAACGGCGUGAGCAGGACCAACAGCAGCUCAAUCACAAGACUGGCCCUACCCCUGCAGCAGGGGACCUAGAGGGGGCAGCCGAAGGAGGACCACCAGCCCAGGCCGAUAGUUCCGCAAGUAGCAUGGAAAAAAUCAGGUUCAUGGAGGUAGUGGCCGAGGUAGACAAAGCAGUAGGCAUAGCAACAUCACCAUCACCUUCGUCAGACUUGUUAGAUCAGCACACCUCCCGCCAGACAGGGUCUAUUAUUACUAAAGAUGGCCAGGCGCGCGUUGACUCUGACCCUAUAGCCUUCUUCUCGCCGAUCCCUUACAAUAAUAAUAGUAAUACUCUUCACGAUCGCUCUGAGCUCAAGAGCGACGGGGACAAGCCAGCCUGGCUCGAAAAUACACCACAAUCAGUGGGCAGAGGCAAGUUGCACUUUAAUGUCGACAUCUUUAAGUCUCCCGGAGAGAUUCCUACUAGCUUCGGACCAGCUGAGCUGCCCAGAUCGACUCGGAAGCCGACAAGUUCCGACCAGCUUGAAGAGUUGAAUGCCGAGAGGUGGGAGUGUCUCCAACAACUCGAGCGACGAGCAACCGAGGCUUCUUUAGAAGGUCUUCGCAAGGCAAGCUUGAAGGGAGAGAAUACCGAGAGGAGCCAGUCGAUAUCUUCAGGUAGUCACGAUACCGUCCACCCCACCGCUCCCUUGCGCAAGUUUUCCUCUUCUCGCCAGGCUGCGAGCGGAAGGCACAGGAGCAAGAGUUCUUCCUACAGUCAUCGCUGGGGCUCCAAUGAGAGCAACAAGAUGGAACCGAUAGCUGGCUCGAAGACCAAGGUCCAUCCGACGAUCACAUUGAGCUAUCAUCCCACCGAAAUUGAUGACCAUUUAAGGAGGGAGAAGUUGCUUCUCAGGUCUCCCUCGGUCUCCGUUGUCCCGAUUCUCGAAGGAGUGAACUUAAGCAACGAAUCAAGAGCGUCAUCGGACCAACGCCCAGUGGGUCCACGGCCGAUGUCGAAAGCUUUGAACCUGAGCCGACUAUCGGAUGCGUCCGUCCAGACGGACCAAACCGACGUGCUCAUGCCCCUGGCCUCCACCAAUCGUAUCGCGCCCUCCUAUGCCACGCCGCCCAACCCCGACGAGAAAGAGGUAAUCGCUAUCCCCUCCUCGGCCGUCAAGCAGAUGGUCCGAACCUCUAAUUACUUGAUCAAUCGCAAGAAUAGCUCCAAUUAUUACUUCAACCCUCUUAUCCAUAACCUCCAGAAUUUAAACUAUCAAGAUGAUUUGAACAACUCGAAUGAUGAUGUCACCCAACCAUCCCUGAUUGAAAUCUCGUUGAACAAGGUGGAUGGCGAGAUAGGUGGGACGGGACCGGGGCAAGCCGUACCGAAGGCACCGACGACAGAGAAGCCUGAGGAGAGGGAGACGAGGGCGAUGGGCGUUCCGGGAGUUCAGCCGCGUCUGAACGCGCGGGGUUCGAUGCAGGAGGGCAGUAUAGAUUCGCGCGGAAGCUGGGGGGCGGGCCGGUUCCGGCGUCUGUCGACCGGCGACGGCCGAACGGCGCCCCGAGACAAGCGCUAUAAGUACAUGAAAACUCAUCCGCCCCUCCCGCCGCACGGGCCCUCUACCGUGCUUCCUCAGCUCGGCCCCCACGAAUCUACGGCUGCGGCUCCUUCUGGCCCCCACGAUUCUACGGCUCCGGCUCCUUCUCCUAUGCCCAAGACUGUUCCGGCUCGCGUCCGCUCGGCUAGCUUGGGCGAGGCCCACUCUCGUCAUUCGCGUAAACUCCCAAAGACGCCAGGCUCAACCACCGCGGAUGAUUUCUUACCCUCGCCGCCUUCUGUCCAGGCGGUAGAGAACCAGAAGAAGGGAGGCAAUUCGAAGACGACCCAGGGAUACGCGUGGUGUCCUACGUCGACAACGAAAGCAUGGAACGACUGGCCGGAGCCGCCGAGCCACGAAGACCGAGAAGCAGCGCGGGCAGGCCGGAACGAUGUGUGUCCGGGGCGGAUGGCGGCAUCGAUGGGCAGACGCGAGGGGCAGUCUCAGGGCGAGAAGCUCUACCGGUUCGCCGGCGUCAAGUCCCAGUCCGAGCCCUCGCUCGGCUUCCUCUCCUCCCCCGUCUGCCAACACCAUCCUCAAUGCUGCUUACGCCAGCCUAGAAAACUGCGCAAACGCAGCCAUCUCACUUUCGACCUCAACGCGUCGGAACCUGUUAGUAAAGCAACAUGGAUUGAAAUUGCUCUCCAAUGA